AUGUACCGAUUUACUAUCAAAUUUGGUUGCGACAAAUUUGUCAUCGAGAUUAAUAACGGCAACCAACUUAUUUCUGACCUGAUCGAGGUGGCGGAUGAUAAAUCUAUCCCCCGAGAUUCUACUAUCAAGCCCGAAUUUCAACUCAAUAAUAACUCAGUGCGCCUUAGCUCCAGAGCCACCAUUGCUUCAGUUUUCGGGGAGGACCGCACCGCCACCUUCCCUAUACUCACGCUGAGUCUCACUGAAGACUCCUACAAUGAGUGUUUGAAGAGGCUCUCAACCAGCAAAGAUUUAAUCCUUGCAGUGGACCUAGAAGAGAUCCCUCUUUGGGACUGUAGGCCGUAUUACGAGAGCAAGAUAUAUGACAUCCUCCCGGUAGUGUCAUGUAUAAAUCCUACAUAUCAAGCGUGGCUGUUAGGAGAGUUGGAUAAUUAG